AUGAUCUUUAUAUCAUGUAACCAAAAUAUAAAAAAAUCAAACGAAAAAUUUCCCAAUUUACCGGCCUAUGAAAAGUAUAAAGAAUUUGAUAAAAUUCAAAUUAUAGAUUAUUAUAGUGAUUACUGUGAUAAAUUAGAUCAGUUUAACGAUGAUGACAAAAAUCUUUGCAAAAAAAUUGCAAGUUAUUUAAAACAAUUAUCUGUUAAAAGCGAAAAUGAAAGAAAAAACGGAUGUUAUUACUUUACCCACUGGUUCUAUGGUCAAAUAGGGAAGAACUAUUAUAAUGGGAAGGAACUAGAAAAUAAAUAUGCCAGAGAUGAACUGUUUAACUUAGUAGCGCUGAUAAUUAAAGAUAAUGAUGUUUUGAAACACUGUGCAUGUUACGAAUCAGGUAACCCGGAAGUAUGGAAAGAAGAGAAAGAUUUACAUGAUUAUUUU